CGUGUGUCUCUGUCUGUCUGUCUGUCUGUCUGUCAUACGAACACUCCGACUCAUCUAUCUUCGCCGCGUCCAUCAUGCCCGAGAUUCAAGAGUGUUAUUGCAGCGGGCUCCAAUUGCAAACACUCUUCGCAAAGCACUCCGAGUGCAGAUGGCGCCUGCAGGCCCUCCACUGCGACGCGACCGUACACGAUGAAAAGCCACAGGGCUCGCGACAAGAAGCUGGACUGGUGUUUCAGCUCACGCCCAGCUCGUGUGAUGUGCGGGGCAACACCAGUCAUCAAACGCCCUUGUGGCCGCCCUUCCUCGCUGCGGGCACACCUUCUGCAGGCUUCUGCCUACAGGACCUUGUGCUCACUGCAGUAAAAUAUACUAGCAGGAGUGUAGUCCUCAACCUCGGUCGUUGUUGGUUUCAGCUCCAAUAUUUGACGCAUACCUCCAUCCAAAUGUACGACCGUGAGCAGUGGGCCGUGCUCAAGGAGACAUCGUACAUCGGGAAGGGAACAUUGAAGAUGCGGUCCUUUCGCAUCGGGCUCGCUCUUGAGUUCGACACUUUUGUCAUAGCAUUUGUGUCGCAUGACCAAGUCUUUCAGGUGACCUGGGCAUUAAUGGAGGCCAGUCUCGCGCACCACGAUCUACAAGUCCUUGACGAGUGGGACGCUGUUCUGGCAGGCAUAGCAACAUGGUCCAAGCGUUAUUACGAAGGCAAGAGAAAGGGCAAGCGGCUUGCGAGGGACGUGUUACGCUUUACGCCAGACGUGUGGUUUGGCAUAGGAGUCUAUACUGCAUGCGAGAUCCUCUUCGUUGCUGGUAUACCCCCAUUCCUUCGAGAGCAAGAAGUCUUUGGCAACCCGUCCCGCCUCGCGCGGGUCGCACUCGCUUAUCAUGCCUUUGUGCAUAAGGCUGUACACAAGACAUGGCCAAAUCGGGUCAAACCUUGCGUGCGCAACAAUAUCGUGGCGCCAACUACUGAAGAACGACUGCAGAUGGGCCGGAGUAUGUACAUCUGGGCCAAGGACACAGUGGGCGUCUCACAGCGCCUUUUGGACCGAAUUCAGAACUAUAACUACGAGGGUUCCAUAUCAUGUUCUGACGAUCCAUUUGAACCCACGCUGAUCCGAGUGGCGCUCGAGCGUUCCCCUCAUCUUGGGCGGGUAGUCUUUGGAGAGACUUGGGGUGAGAUCGCCCCUGAUGAUCUCAGAAGUCCAUCAACGAAACCGGACCCCUUGACGGAGUACGUCACUAAGAAGAAGCUACUCGAUUGUCAUGAUACGCGCAUCCAUAUAGCCAACACAAGUCCAUUAUUCUUACCUACCAAUGACUUAUCACGUCGCCGUGCACCCACACACUACUACUCGGUGACGGGUAAGGCUGUGUGGUCUAUUGUCCCAGCACCGGAUGAAGUGCAAUUCCAGUUGAAGGAGGACGAGAAGGCCACCAAGACCUUGCGCUACAUCGUAACAAACACCGCCCAAGUCGGGGUUGGGCCACUGGAGUACUGCGCCAAUGCGCAAGUUGUCCGCAAGUCAUUGAAGGGACGGGCUCGCAAAUUUGGGUCGCGCUUCUAUGUCCUCCCUUCACUUGGCGCGAUUCCAAGCAAUGUGCCCCUCUCGAUCGGGCGCCGCCACCUUGCGAGCUUCGAUCACAAGAAGAGCCUCACGCUGGAAGCCAGGGAGAAACGCAACGAGGCGGCUCGAGCGGCCGCAAAGAAGGCAUUGGCCAAGAAAAAGCGCAAGAGCAAUGCCAUGAAGAUGCUGUCGGGUAACGCCCCUCUGACUACGCAGCAACGCAAUGCUAGGGCGGCCCAAAGGAACAUCUUCGACUCGCAAUCACAUAUUGUGGGCCGCGGCGGAGACCACGAUUUACAGAAAGAAGACAGUGGUGUUGCCUCUGAUGUAGAAGAAGCCAAUCCAACUGCAAGUAAGCACACGACGCCUGCUACACCACCGCCCGACACUCGCAAGCGUCGAGUCCGCGCAGAUCACGAGGUGGUGGCCAACCAGAACGUGGUCCAAGAGUUGCCGAGGGCUCGUCGCACGCGGGGGGUUGAGCUUAACAUGUCAGAGCAUCCGAACGACGCAGCGAUAGGGAUACACAAGCGAAAACGUCGCUGCCACAGUUCGGUAUCAGUACCUACCAGUAGCUAGAGUAACCCUAAUGGACGAGAUAUCCCUCACACAGCCUAUGUUUUGUCGACAUCUCUUACCUCGCGGCCACUAGUACUAUCCACCUUCAACAUGAUCAGGAGUGCGGGGCGCGGCUAGGAGCUGGUUGGAUGGUGACCAGAAAUGCGAACUGGAAGUUCAUUUUGACAAUGUAUAUACCAGGAGUAGGGAUUGGCUCGUACCCACCCUGGCGUACGUCUUUGAGUCAAUCUGCUGUGUGUAAGGCCAUGGAG